AUGUUACGAAGAGCUGCGAGUAAUGCAUACUCAUGGUGGUGGGCAAGCCAUGUCCGAACCAAACAAUCCAAAUGGCUCGAAGAAAACCUUCAAGAUAUCGAAGAGAAGGUCGAAAACGCGCUUAAGCUUUUGGAAGAUGAAGGUGAUUCAUUUGCAAAGCGCGCAGAAAUGUAUUACAAAAGAAGACCCGAAUUGAUAAGUUUCGUCGAAGAAUCUUUCAAAGCUUAUCGCGCUUUAGCAGAACGGUAUGAUCAUAUCUCUAAAGAGCUUCAAAACGCUAACACAACAAUUGCAUCUGUUUUUCCUGACCAAGUCCCUGAGUUUGCAAUGAACGAAGACGAUGAUACCGGUCCUAUCUCUCCAAGAAACCAUAAAAAUCACAAUAAAAACAUUCCAAAAGUUCCUGAUUUGCCUAUUGAAGCUGCAAAGAUGUUCAAGUCGAGGAAAUCUUUUAAAGAACAUCAUGCCUCUUCCUCUCUUGCUGUUAACAAGUCCGGAUUGAGUAAAACCGAGGCGGUAGAAGAGAUUGAUAAGUUGCAGAAAGAGAUUCUUGUUUUACAAACUGAGAAAGAGUUUGUGAAAAGUUCUUAUGAGAAUGGACUUGCAAAGUAUUGGGAGAUUGAGAAUAUCAUUAUGGAGAAACAAGGAAGGGUUUGUAGUUUACAAGAUGAGUUUCAAGAAAGUGUUGUUGUUAUAGAAGAUAAAGAAGCUCAGAUUUUGAUGUCAACGACAGCUCUCAAAUCAUGUCAAGAGAAACUAGAAGAGCUAAGAGAUAAACAAGAAAAGAAUGUAAGAGAAGUUGAGAUUACAAGAAAACAGAUCAAAGAAUCAACAGAGGAAUUUGGUACUCUUUCUGAUGCAUGUCUUAGUGAUGAAAUAGACAAUAGAAAUGUAAAAAUGGAACCAUUAGAGGAGAAGGUAAAUGAAGAACUUGACUCUGAGGCUAAGUCAUGUGUUAACAUAACAGAUGUGGCUGAUAAGAUCGAUGAGCUUGUGAACGAUGUGAUGAGUUUGGAGAGUUUAUUCUCAUCUCAAGCAGCUUUGAUACAUAGGCUACGCGAAGAAAUCGAUGAUCUUAAGGCACAUAUUUUAGCUUUGCAAAAGGGAAAUUUUUUAUCUAUAACUGAUGAAAACAAGCUAAAAGAGAUGGAGGAAAAGCUUAGAGGUAUUAAGGAUAUAGACCAAGGAGUUGAAGAACAUAGUGGGAACAUUGAAAUACAUCUUACACGAGCUUAUGUAAAGCUAAGUUUCUUGUCUGAGAGAUUAAAUACCUUGAAGCAAGAAGGGAAUGAAGAACUCAAGGCUACUAAUGUGUUAAUUCAAGAUACAGAAUCUUUGACUAAUACAAAUGUUUCAGUUGCAUCUGAAGUGGUUACUACUGAAAGAGAUUAUACCGAUGAAGUUAACCAAGAAGAGACAAUUGAAACUACAAGAAAGGAAGCUUCAUUAUCUCCAAAAUCAGACAUUGAAACUGAAGAUGAAGCAUUCUUGCAGAAGUUGCUAGCUCAUGGAAUAGAAGGUAGAGAGAACCAUUUGGUAACCGAAUACACGAAACUACUUAGGAACUACAAGGAACUCAAGAAGAUGUUAGAUGAAAAAGAAACAAAACCGAAGAGUGAAAACAACUUGGAAGAUGAACAAGUUAAAGCCUCAAUCCAUAAGAGUAAUGGUGAUGAUCUGCAAAAAGUUGGAGCCAAGGAUCAACAAAAGGACAAAUUGUUCAUGCUAAUUUACAAAGAAGAUAAUGCAACAAAUUCAGUAGCUGGUCAGAAGCUGAUGUUAUCACCAAACGAACAUCAAUUCGGAGCACGAAUCGAUGCAUUACUAAGCGAGAAUUUGAAUUUGUUGGUGAGGUUUAGCAACUCUUUUGGCCAGAUACAACAGUUUGAUGUUGGGAUUAAGGACUUACAUGUUGAGCUAUUGAAGAUCACGGAACAAAAGAAUCAAGAUAAGCAUUCCCUAAGAUCGAAUGUUCGUCCCAUUUACAAACACCUUAGCGAGAUCCGCAAUGAACUAACCAUCUGGUUGGAGAAAAGUUUGCUGCUAAAGGAAGAAAUCAACUUAAGAGCUUCAACUUUGAGUGACAUAAAAAAUGAAAUAACAGAAGCUCUCAAAACAGAUUAUGAAGAUUCUGAAAUGAAGUUUACGAUUUACCAAGGAGCUAAAUUUGAAGGUGAAGUUUCAAACAUGAAAAAGGAAAACAAAAAGAUUUCAGAAGAGUUGCAAACAGGUUUAGAUCAAGUUACCAAACUGAAAAUGGAAGCUGAUAAAACACUUGAGAGAUUGAAAGAGGAGUUUUCGCUUUCCGAAUCAAAGAACCAUUCGAGUAUUCAACCUUCUUCGCCUUCGCAAGAUAGCAGAACUCGUAUUCCUCUGAGAUCAUUUAUCUUUGAUGUAAAACCAAAGAAGCAAAGACUAUCCAUUUUCUCUUGUAUGAACCCUUCAAUGUAUAAGAAGAUGAAGCAUGGUUCAUAG